CAAGGCUGCAUCAGGACUGUGAUUGUGCUCGGCAACUUUUCAGCAACUUUUCGUGGUUGCAGCAACUUUUUGCGGCUCUAGCAACCUCGAGCAAGUUUUGCCUUUCUGAGCAACUUUUGAGCACAAUAUGGGUUUAGAGCACAUAUCAAGCACGAAAAAAGCCAACGAUUUCAUACAAAACUUAAAUUUAUUCGAAUUUCUGGAAUGUUUAUCAACCUUUUGAGGUUUAAAGUUUGAAGUUCCUUCAUAUCGAGUCGGCAAGACGUAAAAUGAACCAUGUGUUUUGGUCCGUUUGACCUAGUUAUAUUAUAUAACAGCGAAUAGACAAUGAUGAGAUAGCCAAUCAGAUUAGCUGAUUAACAAUAGAACACAGCUAAGCGGCUACUAAAGGCUGAUAGUAUGCGAGAAGCUCAGCCAAUCAUUUUGCAGCAUUUGCAUCAGUUAACUGUCUAAUGUAUAUUUUUUAUACAGGUCGUUUGUCGCCUUGUUUUGCGUCCGCUUAUUGUAUCUCCAAAUAUGGUGUUGAAGCCUUUUCAGAUGCGCUCAGACGUGAAAUGAACCCGUGGGGAGUGUUGGUCAGCGUGAUAGAACCAGGGGCGUUUCAGACUGCUGGAAUACACAAAAUUGCUGACUCAAUGAAACAGCUUUGGAAUAAUCUUAGCCCCGAGAUGAAAGAAGGUUAUGAAGAUAAACGUCUUGACGGAAUUGCCAUGGCCAAGGAAAUGAAGCUCAAGAUGGAGAAAACUGCAUCACCGGACACUUACAAAGUUGUGGACGCGAUCGUGGAUUGUCUGACAUCACAGGGACCCCAGACACGUUAUGUGGUUGGCCUGGAUGCAAAACUAAUGGUGUUCAUACCAUAUUUACCAACGUUUAUUGGUGAUUACGUUUUCCGAGUGUGAUAGGCACAAGUGAUUUAACUCCGCAGACAUCGGUGUACUUUGUUGCUUCCUCUUAAGAGCUGUAUGUCACACGGCUAAAAUUUGAACUGACAACACCAGGAAAACACGAACCAAUCAUGUAUCGAUAAAUAAUAAUGUUUAGAUAACCCACCUUCAAAUUAUCGAUUACUAAAUUCCUCUACCCUUGGGCACAUGCAUGCCAAGAUUAAUUAACGAAAAAGUAAAAACCACCCUAAAACACCUCCUUGAAGUAUCACCGUGUCCUAAGAAAUUCUUUUUAAAAUUAUUAAAAUAUAAAAGGAUUUACGCUAACUACACAUGACCACAGGAUCACAUGAUCAACUGUAUGUUGAAUAAAGCGUGAUUUUCAUGAUAAAAAUCUUUACUUGCCAUUUUCGUAAUCUCUAUCAAGAGACCAUGAUCUAUGUCUCUAUGCACCUCUGUGAGCUCCGAUUUCUGGUUGAGAAAGAAAUAUGAGAAAAUCUUCUGUCUAGAGACACAGAAAUAAUUGCCGCUCAGUAUUUAGACGUAAUCCAAUACCAGACGUUCUGUUUGUUUG